AUGAAUAAAUUUGGCAAGGAAGCACUUGAUGUCCACAACAAAUACCGAGUCGUUCAUCAAGUACCUGAGUUAAAGUGGUCAAGAAAAUUAGAAAAAGACGCGGAAACGUGGGCCAAUCAGCUAGCCAAAGAAGGCCGCCUGAAACACGACGAUACAGAUGACGGAGAAAAUGUGUACGCUGUAAUGGGAAAAGAUGACGUUACUGGAGCAGAAGUCGUUGAUCGGUGGUAUUCAGAAGUUGAAAAGUAGGUAGAAGAAUUAAACAAUGGAUAUACUUUACGAUGAUGUGAAAAAAGAACACUUUGACUUGUGCGUUACAAUCGCGAUACUCCUGACCCUGGACAGGCCUGCGGAUGAGACAAAUCAGUGGUCUUCUAAAUAGUUCAUUUCUCGAUAAUUUCAUGCAGCCAUAAAUAGACGAAAUAUCCCGGUCCGAAGUUAAAAAUACUUGUUCUUAGUUAAGCCCAUCACACUUUUUCGGAGUUGUAUCACUAACAGGACCUUGUCACUUAGUUAAACGUUUUUUCUCUUUUUGCUAAACCGGUACCACUUGCCUUGGUCCAUGUUAAAGCCGUGGGAAAAAAAAAGCGAUCUUAUUAUAGAUCUUAUUAUAUAGAGGCAUGCUAAUUCUCAAGUUCGUUCUAUUCUGGCAUCCCUUAUUUAAAUCUGAAUGAACAUGACUUACGGUCUUCUUGGAUAAGGGUAAACACUCAUUCCACGUUAAGUGGGUAAAUUGUGCCAAGGAUUUUCAAAAAAUCGAAGGUCAACAAAUCAGACAAGUAGUUAGUUUAACCGAAAGAUACAUUAUUGAAGGGUGAGAAGCCAAAAUUUGGUCAACAUAUCUUUUAUCUAUAAAAAGUUAUAGCCUGUUAUUUAAUAGCAUCUAGUGUGAUAUUUUGUAUGGCUUGAAACAGCACAGUGUUGCAUUAUAGUAUGUUUUUUUUCAAUUUAGCAUACUAUAAAAUGUUUAAAAUGAAAUCCGUGGAAGGCUAAGGUCUGAGUUUUACAUGAGUCAAGUCAGUGGCUCAAGGAAUGAAAAAGUCAAGGUGUUCUGCCAUGGUGUACUUUAAUUUGGUCUGACGUAACGAAAUAUUGAGAAUUUAAAAUUGCUGUGUUUUUUUCAAUGUUUUUUCUUUAAAAAAGCCGUCAGACUAAACAUUAUUUUGCUAAAUGUGAAGGAAAGAAAGUGUUGUUUACCUUUUUUAUAGUUUGGAAACAUGUGAUCUAGUAGAAAACGAGUGAUUAUCAAAUAAGUUUCGGUAACGGAAGUUACAGAAGGAAGGUAAUAUUUCAUUUCUCUUCCAACUACUUACUUUUGGGAUUACAGACCGUCUUAAAUAACAAUGCAUAUGACUUAUCCAUUGAAUUGAAUUAAUGCUAAACAAUUUUGGAUGAAAUUUUGGAAUUUUUGGGUGGAACAAGGCUAAAAACAACAAAAUGAGCAAAAUAAAUUGCAUUGAAAGAAAAAAAAUUAAUAGAUACAUGGUAAUCUGUUAGAAUUCGUACAAGAAUUGUAAUACAUGAGUGUUGUAAGGUCCAUUCACAGAAAAGAGGGUUGAACUAGCGAAAACAGCUUCAGAUAAUCCACUUCCUGUUUUGUGUAACCUCCGUUACUUUAAAAAAAAUAAUAAAAUGAUCAAGAUGCCUGUCCCAUUUUAAUCUUAUAUUCCUAAAUUGCCUAGAAAUACUUCAAAGGAAAAUAAACUUCUUUGAACUAUGCACAAAAACUCGUCAAACCACAAACUCAGCUAAAAUUCCCUUAUCACACUUGACAGAGAGGUAUCUCACCAAUGGCACACGUAUGAGGGUUACUUAUGACGAAAUAUUCACCAGAUGUCAUCAAGGCUUGAGUUGUUUGAUGGGGCAAUCGUGUAACAGCAUUUCCUGAAAUUUUCCUGACGUUUAUCCCAUGUUUUAGAGACCGGACAAAUUCUUGGUAACGGAAGUUACAAUUCUACCUUUUCUGUUACAUCUUGAAGUGAAAUUAAUAACUCGGAAAAACCAAACAUACUCCAUAAUAAUCCUCACUAGCUCCUCCGUCACCACAAAAAUCAGCACGACCCACUUUUCAUUUUUUUUCUUUUUCAUUUUUGCUUAUCAAAAAGAGCAAACUUAAGUAAUAUUUACCCGAUGUAAAUCAUUCGCAGUAUUUAUUUCUAGGCCAUUUGUGAUCUGCCCUCAGAUCGGUAGCGGAAGUUUCAUAAAAAUAGCGGACACCAGUUCACUGUCGUUAAAAGCAACAAAACUGACCUGCAGUGAGAAAUUAUCAUGUAAGACUUUAGUUUAGGUCCCUCCCGAGACAUUGGAUUGAUUAGUUUCCAUAGUAUAAGGCGACAAGCAAAAAUAUACCGUAACCUUCUAUACUCACCCUCUCUGUGGACAUAGCAAAAUUGCAUUUUUUGGACACUUUUGGCCUUGAUUUCCUCAAAGUUACUGUCUACAGGAGCACAAAGGGGUACUGUCGCUAUUUAUUUGGGCAUAUUUUAAGUAUUUUUCAGCGAAAUGAUUAUUGGAAAACAAUUUGAGUCCCCAAAACUUGCCAUGGACACCAAAAAAUGGUAAUUUAACCACUUAACGUGGAAUAAGUGUAAAGCCGGGCUCAUAUGUGUUCAUGUUUUCUCUCACAGAUAUGACUUCAACAAGCCUGGAUUUAAAAGCGGCAUAGGUCAUUUUACCCAGGUCGUGUGGAAGGAAACCAAGGAAUUAGGAAUUGCCAAGGCCAAAAGCGAUGAUGGAAAGAUCUUCGUUGUUGCUCGAUAUCAUCCGGCGGGAAAUUACAUGAAUCAGUUUCAGGACAAUGUUAAACCCAAGGUAGAUGUUUGUCAUUUAAAGGUUCUAUAAUAAGCCUAAGACUUUGUGUUCGGGAAGACCUUCAUCACUAUUCAGCUUUGCAUGUCUCACUUAUAAGUGCUGAGAAUGGUGGUGCAUAACACUUCCAUGAUUAACUUGCUGGAAUAGUUUUAAAAAUGCCAACGGGCGAAGAAAAAUAGAAGAUUAAACAGGGCUGAAGGAGAUCCAAUAUAAAACGCCAAAUACGACUGAUAUAUAAGAAAAUAACUGGCAGAAAUACGUGACUUUAAUUCUGAGGAUUUUUUUUUUAAUAAACUCUCUGUUUGCUAUCUCAAGGCAACUGAACAGAAUGGCGACGUCACCAAGCCGGCAGAGACAAAGAAUAUCACCAGUGAUUCGGAGAAAAGAGGUAGGCCCCAUUGAGAGCCCAUCUUUGUAAUAUGAGUUGACAUCCAUAUUUCUAUGAGAAGUUGUUAUAUCUCCUAAUGAUAAUUUCAGUAUGAUAGAGAAAAUGAUCAUCGGCAUCAGAAGCAUAGUUAUAAUGUUUCUGUCAGCAUCAAUCAACAAAAGACUUUCAAAAUGGUACUUGAGAGACCCGCUGAACUAAGAAUUAUAUCCUACCGUUUUCGUUUACCUUUUAUUUUAGUAUUUGUUUUGUAGUGUGAUGGCUGUUUUCAAAUAAAUUCGCUGAUUUUUUUUGCUUAAUGUCAGUUCUAUAGUUUAUCCAACAAAAACAUUACCACAUGUAGUACGGACUAAGUUGGAGACGAGCAAAAAACAAGUUUUAAUUGUGUUUAGGGUAGGACCCUUUAAUCCGAGCUUACACUUUUUUUUCUUAGUCUUUUCCAACUAACCGACACAUUUAACCAUUCUUUUAGACUGUAAAGCCACAUCCUCCCCUAAAGAAGAAUUUCCAAAGCAAUCUCUGGACGCACACAAUAAGUUUCGUUCAAUGCAUGGCGUGCCACCCUUGAGUUGGGCUGAUGACCUGGCCAAGGAUGCACAAGUAUGGGCUGAAAAGCUAGCAAAUGCUCGAACAUUACAGCAUGCCAGUAAGAGUGAAAGAAAUGAUGCUGGAGAGAAUAUAGCCAUGUUUACAGGGAGCUUUGAUACAGCUGGAGAAAAAGCAACCGACAUGUGGUACGUAAUAUACAGACUACUUCAUUGAGAACUAGGCAGGAAAUGUAAACGAUAACUAAGAACAACUCCAGAUUCAGUUUACUGUGAACAAAAUAACCCCCUGUAAAGCGUACAACCAUUAGAUCGACAAUUUAUGAAAUUUAUCCCUGUGGAGCUUUCAAAAUAUAUAUGCUAUAAAGAUUGUAGACUUUUCGCUUUCAAAACUCCGUUUAGUUAAAGGUGUCUGAAUGAAAUGUAGUUAUGAAAACUAUUACUUGAAUGAAAAGAUUCUUACUAAUUAUUUCAGUUAGCCUGCGUAUAGUUUUGCGCAAUAACUCGAUUGGAAACGCUUGCUGCGCAGGUUAUAGUUUGAGUUUGCUCUACGUUCGAUUUGAUUGCGUCUUGUUGCAGGUAUGGCGAAUACAAAGACUAUGAUUUCAGUCGUGGUGGAUGGCAGAAAGGCACUGGGCAUUUUACCCAGGUCGUAUGGAAAAGUACCAAAGAGUUGGGAAUUGGUAGAGCGAAAACCGCGGAUGGAAAAAUGACGUUUGUGGUUGGCAGAUAUCGACCUGCAGGCAACAUAAUCAACUACAUGGCAGAUAACGUUUUUAACUUGAGCCACAAAGCAUAA